AUGGCUACACUAAUUGAUAUUUCCAAGAAAUGCGAUACAACGUGCACAUGCUAUGCAAACCAGGAAAAAGAUAUAACAGCUAAAAGAGAAGACAAUGUUACUCAACUGGAUAAGUAUGGACACUGUACCCACAACGCUGGGAGUAAACAGCUUGCAUUAUACUGGAAAACCAUAAAACUUGAGACCACAAGUGGCAUCUCAUUCACCAAGUUGCAAUCUGUAACAACAUAUUACUACAGUCAAUAUGAACCUGGAAGUACUAUUAAGAGACCACUAAUUAUAAGGGUUCAAACUGGCACAGGAAAUACGUUUUGGUAUGAAAAUGCCGGACAUCAUACUCAUAAAAAAUGGAGGAGAAUCGGUAGCACUGACAAUUAUCCUAGGAACGAUGACUAUGAUUCCUGUUCUGAACUAAAUGAAAAAUUGAUUGAUGUUGGAUGUAGGUUAUAUGGAUACCAUCAAAUAGAUAUACAGCAUACUGGAAGAUACAGCUAUAUGUGUCCUAUUUGUCAGAAACAAGUAACUGGAAGCAUCGUGCAAGAAAACCAUAUACCAGGUGUAUCAGGAUAUACAAAAUAUAGACAUGGAAAUAUUACUGAUAAAUCCAUUCUUACUCACAAUGGUAAGAAAAUCACCUAUAAACGAAAAGAUAAUGGAGAAACAUACUAUAUUCCCAUUCCAAUUAAUGAUGCAAACAUCAAAAAUAUAUCAGUCUAUUACUGGGAUAGAGACGCCCGACGAGAUAAUCCUCUAUUAAUAGAAAUUUUAGGGAGUGGUGUGUCAUUCUGGUUUGAGAAUAUUGGAGAGUUAAGCGAAAAAAACGAAAAGUGGAAACAACUGGGCCGACAAGAAUCUGAUAGCCUAUCCGGAAAUGCUAGAAAACUUCAGGAAAGGCUCGAUCUUCUAAACUGUAAUAUUAAUGGAGUUGUUCACAUAAAAUUUGGAGUUACUAAAUGUCACAGUUCUAACACUGUUAAACACAAAAAUAGGAUCACCAGUAUAUUUACCAGGACCUUGGAAACAUAUCUUAUUUCUUCUUACGAAUAUACUCCAAGUGACGACUCCAGAAAAAAUUCAUUUGUUAUAUCUAAAUUUGUCCGUGGUGGUGCAGAUCAGAGAUUCCAACCGGAUGUCCUUCCUCUAAGAGAAGUUAAAAAACUCAUUUACUAUAUGUCUCCUUGUGAUAUCCCAAACCCUUUUCUAGUGUAUGUAGAAUUAGAUAGUGGAAAUAGGUGGUUUAAACGAACUGAUGGUGAUGAGUGGAAAGAAAAUGGUGUAGAGUUCUCUAAUCGGACUCCUGAAAAAGUUACUGAUCAAAUUAUAACGCUUUUUAACCAGAUUAAAAUCAGUCUAGGAAUACGUGACUGCCCUCAGUUUGUGCAAGGUUCUAUAUAUGGUGUUAAGCUCGAUAUUAAGGAAACUUCAGGUAAAGAACAUAGUAAAGUAUACUAUUCUAAUGGUACAUCUAUACUUAUCACAAAGACAGAGAGAUAUCCCAAAUAUAGAUUUUUUAAGAAUAGUCAUAGUGCCACUAAAGUCCCUUUUGAUGUGGACCACCGACUACAAAAUGAUGAAGAUAGGAUAGGAGGAACUACUCACAGAAAUGUUAGCGAUUUUUCUGUAUACUUUUGGGAUGGAGCUCCAAAUACUCCUAUCCUUAUUGGAAUUUCAAAAGAUGGGAAAGGACCAAAGUACUAUGGAAAAAAUGGUACUACAAAGGGCCUGUCAUGGAGGACAACUACAUUACCUGGUAUGGAUGAGAUACAAGCAUUAGACCACCAAAACUGUGUGAUAAAUAAUGCGAUACCAUUUGACAUUGAGGAUCCACUAAUAUUCUCCGCAAGUACUUCUAAUUGUCUAAAUAAAACAAUGGAGAAAAUAUCUGGAUCUACUCCUCAGCCUAUAAACUCAGAGUAUGAAUAUUUUUUUGGCCGUUACAGGAUCAGUAAAAAUAAUGCAAAGAUUUCCAGAGUAAUCUUUCGUGGAGAUGAUACUAAUAUAGAGCCUCCACUAAAUACUAUUUCUCAAGUAAAAAUAUAUUAUUGGGGUAGAAGACCAUCUGUGCCUCUCAUAGUUGAAUUCAUACCGCAAGGAUCAGGUGAUCAUCAUUGGUUUGAAAGGUCUACUCUUUCUGGCACUGUAUGGAAGCCUAUAGAUCAACUAGAAUCAAGAGAUUAUUAUUCAGGAGUCAAAAAAUCAGAUCCUACUCAACAAUUCAUCAAAAGGCUAGAUAAAGUAAGUUGCAAAAUUAACCACGCUGCUAAAAUUGAUAUAUCAAAGAAGGAUGUUAAGUAUUGCCAUGAUAAAUGCUUAAAUAAAAGGAUCUACUCCAAGAGAACCAGUAGCACAAUUCCUAACUAUAUAAUCUAUGAACACACUCCUGAUAUUGAUAGUGAGAAAACUUUCAUACUAUCUUCGAUAUAUAACGGUGAUGAUAAACAAGACAUCGGUAAUAUCGAGCUGAAUCUUGGUGAUGUAAAAAAGGUAGCAGUAUAUUUUCCAGCAUGUAACGAAGGAUUUCCGAUAUAUAUAUAUAUAUAUAUUUAUCAUGUUAAAAAGGAUGCAGGAUAUGAAAAGUGGCUAGAAAGAACACAUUUGGGUAAGAAUUGGACAGAGUCCACUCUAAAAUUUCAAAAUAAGAGUGUUGCUAUCAGUGAUCUUCUGGAUGCUACAAAAUAUACUAUAGGUGCAUGUAGUAAAUCUGCACUAGAUAACCAAGGCAAUUUAAAUGCUCAAACAGGACUUAUAGGACGAACACUGACUUUGGAUAAUGACACUGUUGAAAAAGGCUUGAUUGAUUAUGGAGGGAAUGUUGAUGAAAUAGAUGUAGAAGAUGAAAUUUAUGAAGUAGAAGACAAAGAUUCAUUUGCCAUUCCUACGUUAUCAGCUUUAGUGAAAGCUACACCUGGUUUCACUAUUGAUGUAAAGAAGACACCCAGUAGUGGAGAUAUGGACACAUAUACUCUUCCCGAUGGAAAAAUCGUCCAGUUAGCGCAAUCUGUGGAUCCUGAAAAGUCUGGCUUCUUAAAGUUCAAGCAUACCAAGAGUGGUGGAAGAUCUUUUAAGCUAGAGAAAGUUACGUAUAAUCAAACGGAUAUAGACUAUUCUCAAUUACAGAUUUCAGACAAUGAUAUUGAGUACCUAUCAGUAUGGUAUUGGGAAGGAGAUCAGGAUAUGACAAAUCCCCUUCUGAUUGAAGUUAGAAUACAGUCCGGAGAAUACAAAUAUGGUAAAAGCAUCGGAAAUACCAAUUGGGUUGAACAUUAUAGGCCUCACUCUGAAGAAAAGGAUCCACUCCCACCUGAAGCCCUUGAACAGGAACUGGAUGACCUUAACUGUCAUCUCAACCAAGCGGUUACCAUGGAUAUUUCCCACGGAAAAGGAGUACCAUAUUGUUGCAAUAAGAGCCAUAAAAAGGUGAAUGUUUAUUCUCAGAAUAUCUCAAUAGCAUCUAUAUCUAAUAUGGCUAGCGCUUCUUCAGGGAUUUACUGCAGUAUUCACAGUAUUGGUGAAAAUGAUAGACUUGCUAAGAUUAAGUACUACCGAAACGGAAGUUCUCCUGGUACUCCUAGGGAAAGAGUGGCAGCUGCCGAGAUAUCAUUUCCUAUUCAAGGACCUGUUAGUAUCUACGCUUUCUACUGUAACAAUAAUCCGUCACUGAUAUAUAUUGAAGCUACAAGCGGGAGGGGUGUUAAUGGGUGGUAUAAAAAGGGUAGAAAUUACAAAGAUCCUUGGACUAAGAUUGUUAAUGAUCUCACAGAUGUAACACCUACUAAUGCCAACGCCAGCUGCACUAAUUGGAAUGCACUUAAAAAGGUAUUUGGAUGUGGAAUGGAAGACUGUAUUAGCAAUUCUGGUUGUAGUAAUUCUGGUAGUUCUAUAACCGUAACUUUCGAUCAAUCCUCACCUCAAGCUCUAGUACAACCUCAAAUACGAUCUCCGCCAGAAGUAACCAUUCAGAUUGGUGUGAAGCCAAAAGAUGAUAAUGCUAUUGAUACUUAUAAUGAUGAGACCACUCGUAAGCUCAUUACCGUCACAAGAUCUCUAUAUCCCUCGAAUCCUAAUACUGGAUCUACUGGCAACUUCUACAGGUACACUCACACCCUAGGUCCUGGUAAAACACCAUUCACACUAAAGGGAGUAUUGGAUGAUACUGGCAAAGAAAUUAGCGGAAUUCCUCAUGCUGGAUCCGAUAACAAGGUCUCUUCAGUUUCUGCCUAUUACUGGACUGGUAAUACUAGGAAGGCUCUACUGGUAGAAAUACACGACAGUAUUGGGAAUAAGACAUACUAUAGAAACACUAAAAAAGAUAAUUGGGAGAAAUAUAAUCUUAGAGUACCUCAUGGAGAGAAGCCUACUAAGGAGGAGUUAGACUUGCUCAAUUGUGAGAUAAAUGAUGUUGUUCAAAUAGAUAUUUAUGAAACUAGAAAUGUUAAAUAUUGUCAUAGCGGACAUGAGCCUCUAGAUUAUAGAGUAAAGGUUGAUGAAAUAACUGAAGCAUCCAAUGAACUUAUGAAUUAUCAUGUCUAUAAACAUGAACUAAACCCUGAUGUUUAUACUACUACUCUAAUUCACACAUUCAACAUAUCUGUAUUCACUGGUGGUAGGACUCAAACGAUAAAACUCGGAGAAACCCCUGGAAAACCUAUUAGGGAUGUUAAAAAGGUAAUUGUAUACUUUUGCAUCAGUGACUAUCAGAGGACACCCUUGCUCAUUUAUGUAGAUUCUGAAAAACUUUCAAGUAAGAAGUGGUUUAAGAGUGAAAAUGAAGGUACAACAUGGAGAGAAGCCGUUGGCUUGAGUAAUGAGAAUGACUAUCCUAAGAUCGUUGAGACUCUUGAUAAACUUGGUAGCAAAUGUGGACCUCCUUCUGUUUCCAUCGAUAUAUAUAAUAGAGAAAAUAGCGGAGAUCUUUCUUCUUAUGCAUACGAUUCUGGUAAAUAUAUUUAUGUGACACCCAAAGUUACUGGGACUUUUACUGAAUAUAAACAUAGUGUCAAGGAGAGACCGGGAAACUAUUUCACCGUUACUGACUUCAAAUAUGACGGAAAACCUACACGGGGUAGCUUAGGGAAAACAGAAAGGGUUACCAGUGUUUCCACUUAUUACUGGUCUGCUUUGGAAGUACCCGCUAGGACAGGUUAUAAUAGAGGUAGACCUCUACUUCUAAAGAUUACAAGGAACGGGAAAUCCCUACUUUAUUAUGAGAAUACUGAUCCUACGGAGAACGCUAGUUGGCAACAUACUGUCAUACAUGAUAAACUUGAAGCUAAACUCCAUCUUCUCAAUUGCCGACUCAAUAAUGCAGUUGUCAUAGAUGUUAGCAAAGUUCCAGGGGAUAAUCAUGGUAGUAACAGUAUACAAUAUGACUCUUGUGAAUAUAAUGAUAAACAAAAGCUGGACGGUUAUCAUGGUGAAAAAAUGCAAGUUUCCAAAGAUAGUGACCAAUCUCUUGGAAAUUAUACUGUAUGCAGUCACACUCUCAAGAAUCCUGCUCUAUUUGGACAGAAGUUUCAUGUAGUAUCUUUUAAGAAUGGAUCUCAUAUAAUAACACUCAAUGGACUGGGAACUUACUCUACUCCCAUUCUAGAUGUGGAGGAAGUUAAAGUAUACAUGUGUGAAAAGGAUAAUCCUAACAAACCCUUACUCAUCUACUAUAAGACUGGUUCUGCUCAUUACUGGUAUAAGAAUAAUAGCUCAGAUGCUGAUGUUGGUUCAUGGACAACAGUAGGUUCUGAUCUAUCUACCAGUCAUGCUCCUGAAGGUAACCAUGACAAGAUACUCGGGGUACUCAGCACUAUUAAAAGUGAAUGUAAUCCUCCCCCUACUCCUACUCCUACUCCUGAAAAAUCUAUCGGAGCUGGAAUUCUCGCGGGAUAUGGCAUAUAUGGUAUCGUCUCUGGUGUUUUUGGUGGAACAGGAUUGAGUGGUCUAGCAGGAUGGAAACUCUAUAAUCGCUAUAACGGUGAUCCAUGGGUACGCCAAAUAUGA